GUUGUUGUUAUAUUAUAAUCAACUGAUUCAAACUCCUAUUUUUUUUAAACUCGAGUUUAACAUACUAUGAUUCAAAGUUUAACAAAAGUAUAAAUAUCAUAAAAUAUAAAGUAAUGAUUUUUUAAAUAAAACCUCGGUAUUUUGCGUGAGGGUUCAAAUUGUGACGUCAUGACGUAAAAAUGACGUCACUAAAACGACAACGCUGCGAGAUCAUGGAGGAUAGAAAGAAGAAGCGAUUCAGUGAGAAAGAAAUUGAACUGCUUGUUCAGGGUGUUAAGGAAAGAUCGGACAUCAUAAAUUCAAAAUUCAGUGAUGUAAUCAAUAACUCGAAGAAGAAGCAAGCGUGGUUCGAAGUGAUGGGGGCCGUCAACGCGGUAUCUUUCUCGACAAGAACGGUUGACGAAUUAAAAAAGAAAUGGGACGAUGUGAAGAGGGGGACAAAGAAGAGGGCAUCUGCCGUACACAAAGAGCGGUGUAAGACGGGGAGCGGGAAGUUAGAUAUUAUGCCGCUUAGUGCAAUGGUAGAGGACAUUGUGUCAGUAAUGGGAGAGGAGCGAAUCUUCGGAUUCAGCUCCUAUGUCGACACAAUGAUUCCCCUUGUAAGUUAA